AUGAAGCCCACACGUUCCGCUCCAGCUCUGGCGGCUGCCUCUAGCCGGAUCCCGACCCCUACCCAGGGUCCCAGCCCCCUGCCUGCGAGGCCGGCGUAUCCUAAACAGCGGCGCCCUAGCUCCGCAGCCUCCUGGCUGCGCGUGCGGCCGGCUGGAGGCGAGGGCGCAGGCGCGGGCCCGGGAAAGCCGCCGGCACGAGGCCGCGCGCGCGCGUCCCCGAGCGCGGUGGGCGGAGGGGCGGAGGGAGCGGCGGGGCCGCGAGGGGGCGGGGGGCGGAGAGGGGAGCCCCGGGAGCGCGAGCUGCGGCCGGCGCCGCAGCAGAACCGAGCGAAUCCGGAGCCCCGGCAGCAGGUAUGUGUAUGCUCGCAGGCGGCCGCGGCCGGGCUUCCCCCGCCUCGCUGCCCAGGUCCUGUGGCCGGGGCAGGCGGUCAAGGUUUGCAAGGGACAUCUGUGGCUCUGGUUGCAUCCUUCAACAUGACCAACCCACAGCCUGCCAUAGAAGGAGGAAUUUCUGAAGUUGAAAUCAUCUCCCAACAAGUAGACGAAGAGACCAAGAGCCUUGCCCAUGUGCAGCUGGGCAACUUUGCCUAUCGGGACCUGCCCCUGGCUGCUGUGGACCUCUCCACAGAGGGCUCACAGCUCCUGUCAAACCUGGACGAAGAUUACCAAAGAGAAGGGUCUAACUGGCUGAAGCCGUGCUGUGGGAAGAGAGCAGCCGUGUGGCAGGUAUUUUUGCUCAGUGCAAGUCUCAACAGUUUCCUGGUAGCCUGUGUAAUAUUGGUGGUGAUUCUUCUGACUCUGGAACUUCUAAUAGAUAUAAAGCUUCUCCAGUUUUCCAGUGCAUUCCAGUUUGCUGGUGUCAUUCACUGGAUCAGUCUGGUCAUCCUGUCUGUGUUCUUCUCAGAGACUGUUCUACGGAUUGUGGUCCUUGGAAUCUGGGAUUACAUUGAAAACAAAAUAGAGGUGUUUGACGGGGCUGUGAUCAUCCUAUCCUUGGCCCCGAUGGUGGCGUCCACUGUGGCCAAUGGGCCCAGGAGCCCCUGGGACGCCAUCAGCCUCAUCAUCAUGCUUCGGAUCUGGCGGGUGAAGAGAGUCAUUGAUGCGUACGUCCUGCCUGUGAAGGUGGAGAUGGAGAUGGUCAUCCAGCAGUACGAGAAGGCCAAGGUCAUUCAGGACGAGCAGCUGGAGAGGCUGACACAGAUCUGUCAGGAACAAGGGUUUGAGAUCCGGCAGCUGCGGGCCCACCUGGCGCAGCAGGACCUGGACCUGGCCGCGGAGCGGGAGGCGGCACUGCAAGCCCCCCACGUGCUCAGCCAGCCCCGCAGCCGCUACAAGGUGGUGGAGGACGGUGCGUGGGACGAGGAGACGGCGGCUGAGAGCUUCGUGGAGGAGCUGCAGCCCUCCCAAGAUGCCGCGGUGAGAGACGACAUGAACAGCUACAUCAGUCAGUAUUACAAUGGGCCCAGCAGUGACAGCGGGGUCCCAGAGCCAGCUGUGUGCCUGGUCACCACAGCUGCCAUAGACAUCCACCAGCCCAACAUUUCCUCUGACCUCUUCUCAGUUGACAUGCCCCCAAAGCUAGACAGCAAUGGCGCCGGUACCAGCACCACUUCUGAGACCACCUCCCACUCCACACACAGCUCGGUCCCCCGGGCACACAGUGAUAAUAACAGCCAGACGCUGGCCUCCACCACAGACUGUAGCACGACCCACCAGGAGCGGGCCUCAGAGCCUGGCCCCUCGCCCCAGCAGCAGCCGAUGGAGGCCUCGGUCCAGGACCUGCUGUCCUCUCUGUCGGAGGACCCCUGCCCGUCCCAGAGGGCCUUGGACCUAGUCCCCCCAGCCCAGCCCAGCCCUGAGGGCUCGGCCCAAAGUAGCCCCGAGCUGGAACACAGGGUAAGUCUGUUCAACCAGAAGAACCAGGAAGGCUUCACCGUCUUUCAGAUCAAGCCUGUCAUCCACUUCCAGCCGGCAGCUUCUGCACUCGAGGAGAAGUUCAGAUCUUUGGAAUCCAAAGAGCAAAAGUUGCACAGGGUCCCCGAGGCCUAGCGCUUCCAGGGGGCUGGUGGGAGGAAGG